GAUUCUUCAAUGUACCCAUCCAGGUUUUGCACCGAAAAUGUCUCCUUUUACUGAUUCCAUGAUUCUCUUGUCAUCUUCUUUAUUCUUCUCUCUCUCUCUCUCUUGCAUUUCAUAAUCUAUUGGACAAGGAACUUCAGUGCUUAACUUGUGAUUAUUCCUAAAGUCAUGUUCAAAGGUCAGGAAAUGAAGCACGAGGAUUCUUUUACAUAUGCUUGGAAGAAUGUGUGCCUACAGCAUUGCAUUAAGUAGUGCUCUAUCACCCUCCCUACUGAUGACAUCAUGGUUUUAUAAUAUGGUUUUGACUGUGCUAUGAUUUUCUUCAAAAUUGUGAAAAUUACAGGGAAAACGAAGCAAGGGGUUUGACUGGGGAAGUUUAUUGAAUGACAAAAGUUUGUUGGCCAUAUUUUGAUCCGGAGUAUGAGAACUUCAGCAACAGAAUCAACCCUCCAAGGGUCUCUGUGGACAACGAUAGUUGCCAUGAUUGUACACUGAUCAAGUUUGAUAGUAUUAACAAACCUGGAAUUCUGCUGGAAGUGGUGCAAAUCCUGACAGACCUUGACUUCAUAAUUACCAAAGCUUACAUAUCGUCUGAUGGUGGAUGGUUUAUGGAUGUAUUUCAUGUCACGGAUCAGCAAGGAAAGAAGAUAACAGACAGCAAAACGAUUGACUUCAUUGAAAAGACUCUAGGACCAAAAGGCCAGAGCACAGAAGGGGUGAAGAGUUGGAAAGGCAAAAGGGUUGGAGUGCACUCAAUUGGUGAUCACACAGUAAUUGAGCUCAUCGGUAGAGACCGCCCUGGUCUUUUGUCUGAGAUAUCAGCAGUCCUUGCCAGCCUCCAAUUCAAUGUCAUUGCAGCUGAAGUUUGGACUCAUAACAGGAGAAUAGCUUGUGUCCUUUAUGUCAAUGAUGCUACAAACCAAGCCAUGGAUGACUCAAAAAGACUGUCUAUUAUAGAGGAGCAACUCAACCACAUCCUACGCGGGUGUGAGGAUGAUGAGAAAGUGGCUAGGACCAGUUUCUCAAUGGGUAUCACCCACAUGGAUCGGAGGCUCCACCAAAUGCUGUUUGCUGAUAGGGACUAUGAAAGUGCUGGAGUAACAACAACAGAUGUUGAUUGUCCCCCUUGUUUUAGGCCAAAUAUUAGAAUAGAACGUAUUGUGGAAAAAGGUUACUCAGUGGUUAGUGUGAAAUGCAAAGAUCGGGCAAAAUUGAUGUUUGACAUUGUUUGCACUCUCACUGACAUGGAAUAUGUUGUUUUCCAUGCUACAAUCUCUUCCGAAGGGCAAUAUGCAUCCCAGGAGUACUUUAUCCGGCACAUGGACGGAUGCACACUUGAUACUGAAGGAGAGAAAGAAAGGGCCAUCAAAUGCAUUGAAGCUGCCAUACAAAGAAGAGUUAGCGAGGGUGUGAGUCUUGAGCUUUGUGCAAAGGACAGAGUGGGGUUGCUAUCUGAAGUGACAAGGAUUCUAAGAGAGAAUGGCUUAACAGUUAGUAGGGCAGGUGUGUCAACUGUAGGGGAGAAAGGCCUCAAUGUGUUCUAUGUGAGAGAUGCAUCUGGGAACCCAGUGGACAUGAAGAUCAUCGAAGCACUACACAAGGAAAUUGGACAGACAGUGAUGGUCAAUGUGAAGAGGAUACCAGCUGCCUAUGCCAAAGCACCAGUUGAAACCCGAGGUUGGGCUAGAACAAGCUUCUUCUUUGGGAACUUGUUGGAAAGAUUCUUGACUUGAUAAUGAAAUUAACUUGAGGAUCUUGCAAGUGAUUCUAGGUUCUUGGUAAAGGAUACAUCAAAAUGUAUAUAUAUUUAAGGAUAAGAAUAAAGUUGUUGCGUGUCAGACUUUGGUAGGGGUUGUUGGACUUGGUCCCUUUGUUUCAAACCACUUCUUUAUAUGGUGUAACUUAUCAAUAGACUUUCCUUUUGCAUGCCCA